UAAUUUUGAAAUCAUUUUUUUCAAGUUCUCUGGCGGUCAUACAUUUGAUCAAAUCUUUGUACACCGUUUUUUAACUGACAAAGAUGUUUCCUAAUAUUUGGCAGAUCAAGUUAAGGCUCAGAUAUCCCAAUUCGCGUGUCAUAAAUGGGAAUAUGGAUAGAAUCUGCCCUAUUGACCCAAUUUAUUGGAUUACACAGGGAUGUCGUCAGAUCUUUGAAAAUAUGAGACCUGGGGAAUCGGAGAUGUUCUUGUUGAGAUUCGGGAUAGAUUUGAUACCAAGGAUUUUAGAUCUUUUAUGGCUUAUUCUGCAAUUGUUCAUUUUCUCGAAAGCUGUGACUAUUAUUUCGGGUUUACAGUCGUCUAUAUCUUUGAGAUAUAAGUUAAUGUCUACACUCGCAUGGUACUCAUUGUUUGUGGUUGGACUUCUUAGUAGUAAAGGUUGAUACGUUCAUUCAGGUUGAGUUGAGCUAGAAACGGUUCCAGUGCCAAAUUAAAGAGAAGACGCAACAUGGGACCACCACUGUCGUCCUUCAGAAUGAUCAUAAAUAUCAUUUCUUACUAUUCUCUUCCGACAUCGUUUACGAUCAGACAGCAUCAUCAGCAUAAACUUCAUCCUCCACACCCUCCACUAUCAUCCUCCACUGUAAUCAUAAACAUCAUCCCUCACAUUCUUGA